GUCUAUUGCUGAAGGUGCUUCUCUGUUUCACCAGGGGGACAAGCAGAGACAGAGGGUCCUUCUCCAUAAUGCCUAGGAGUUAUUUAGACUUAUUUAGAGUUCCUGUUUGUACUACUAGAUGCAGAGAAUCCAGCCUAACUCCCAAGACUCCCAAGAUCUACAGCAGUGACCUGCGUGUUCCAAAAACCUGAGCCUCUUCAGAAAGUGAACAUAACUCUGGCCUUUCUUGUACAGUGUCAGUGUUAUAGAUCCACUCCAGGCUCUUUUCCAGAUGAACCCCCAGUGCAUGAAGAGGUGUGCUCCAACGCAGACACACUCACCCCUCAGUUCACACCACUACGUCCAGAAAAAUGUCUGGAUCCUACGAUGAAUCGGCUGGCCUUGAUGAGGCCACGGACAGCUUCUGGGAGGUGGGAAACUACAAACGCACCGUAAAACGGAUUGAUGAUGGCUACCGCCUCUGCAAUGACUUAAUGAAUUGUCUGCAGGAGCGCGCUAAGAUUGAGAAGGCUUACAGUCAGCAGUUGACCGAUUGGUCCAAGAGGUGGAAGCAGUUGAUUGAGAAAGGACCUCAAUACGGCACAGUGGAACGUGCCUGGAUAGCAGUGUCGGUAGAGGCAGACAAGGUAAGUGAACUGCACCAAGAGGUGAAGAAUGCCCUGCUCAAUGAAGACUUUGAGAAAGUCAAAAACUGGCAGAAGGACUCCUACCACAAGCAGAUGAUGGGAGGCUUCAAAGAGACCAAAGAAGCAGAAGAGGGCUUCAAAAAAGCCCAGAAACCAUGGGCCAAGAAACUGAAAGAGAUGGAGACGGCCAAGAAGGCAUAUCACAUGGCCUGCAAGGAGGAGAAGCUGGCUGCCACACGGGAGGCCAACAGCAAGGCCGAGACCUCAGUCACUCCCGACCAGCAGAAGAAGCUUCACGAGAAGGUGGACAAGUGCAAGCAGGAUGUGCAAAAGGCCAAGGAGAAGUACGAGAAAGCACUGGAGGAGCUGAACAAGUGCACACCCCAGUACAUGGAAAACAUGGAGCAGGUAUUUGAACAGUGCCAGCAGUUUGAGGAAAAGAGGCUCACCUUCCUCAGGGAGGUUCUGCUGGACAUCAAGAGACACCUCAACCUUACAGAGGACCAAAACUAUGCAACUGUGUACCGAGAAUUAGAGCGUACCAUCAACUCAGCCAGCGCGCAGGAGGACUUAAAGUGGUUCAACAACAACCACGGUCCUGGCAUGCACAUGAACUGGCCUCAGUUUGAGGAGUACAAUCCGGAUGCCACCCAUAAUGUUGCCAAGAGGGAGAAACCGAAAAAGGGCAAUGAAGGUGCCCCCAACACCCCAGGGUCAGAGCAUGUGGUAGCACAUGCAGGUGAUCGGGGCAGUGUGAGCAGCUAUGACAAGAACCAGGCUUAUUCCGCUGAAUGGUCAGACGACGAGCAACCUGCCUCUCACUCAGGCAAUGAGACCAACGGAGGCAACAACCCUUUUGACGAGGAGUCAGGCUCAGGCGGGGCCAAGGGGGUGCGUGUCCGGGCGCUCUAUGACUAUGAUGGCCAGGAGCAGGACGAGCUGAGCUUCAAAGCCGGGGAUGAACUGACCAAGCUGGAGGAUGAAGAUGAGCAGGGCUGGUGCAAAGGUCGCCUAGACAGCGGUCAGCUAGGCCUGUACCCAGCCAAUUACGUUGAACCCAUCUAGUCAACUGCGAUGAUGAGGACGUCCCGUUGGCAGCAACUAAGACUGUGGCGUCCAGUCAUACAGUUCUGCGCAUAGCCAGAAGCUCAACAGCAACAUUUCCCUUGCCACACAAAUGUGCCGAGCAGUCUUAAAUUCAAAAAGACAGUAUAUAUAAUUAAUAUAUUUAUGAAAUUUCUGAGAAAGUGGGUUGAAAAAAACAAAGCAUUAACAGUAUAUAUUUACAUAUAUAUCUCUCAACAUGCCACCAUCAAAGCAAGGGUAGGAAGAUGUUUAGCAGUUUUGUGUAAUUGUGUUAAGUAUGAAUUUUUGUGCAGCUGACAUUACUUUUACGUAGCGGUAUGUUCUCCUAUAGCAACGAGUAUUACGUAGUCCUUGAAGCUAGCAUAGCUAGACCGAGCUAUGCAAUGUGCACUAUGUAUAUUUGAUGACAUUUUGGUGUAGCAGUCUGGAUGCUAUACGUGUACAGUCCUCAGUUCUGCAAAGGUAAUUUAGUGUAGCGUUUAAAAAAAAAAGGAAGAAAAACGCUAUGCGAUGUAAUCUCUCGUUUUUGUUUGUUUUUUCUGUGAUUUGUUUACAUUCCUGACACGGAGGGGGCGCUGUAACGCACUCCGCCUCUUUGUCUUCGGUACCACUGUAUGCAGCAGUAUGAGCUUUGCUGUUUGUUUUCUGUGCGUUUUGAUGACAUGGAGUUUUUAGUGAUCCUCGAGGGAUGCAGAGCUUAACUUCCAGGAGUCAGUGUAGGAUAUUCAGGCUACUUUUUUUGGAGCCUGAGCCUGUGUCCCCUGAUAGCCUCCGUGAAAUUCUGUUCAAUUGUUCAGAAAUAAAAUGGAAUUCCCGUCUUUCAGCUACAAAUACCACAUCUGUAUUGUAGUGCAUGGGCUUGCAUUUGGGAAAGCAUAUUGAGAUCUGGUCUUUAGUUUAAAAAAAAUGGAAUGCCUUUUAGUGAUGUGUAUAUUCAUGCCAUUCUGAAAUAACUCUGAGUGGGACUGCCGUGUGUCACCGCAUUUCAUCCAUGAGGUAAUCAUUGAAACUCAGGUAAACACCCAUCACUCAUCACUGCAUCUAGUAGACAUUCUCUGCCAGCGUAGUUCCCAAUAUCCCUUCACAAAGUCAUACUUCUUUCAUGGGCUGCUAGUGAUGGCCAUCACUGGUCAGUAAACUAGUCAAGAUAUACAGUUUUGUGCAAAAGUUUGGGCUCCCGUGGUCAAAUGAUGUGAUUUUCUAGGUAUAAACUCUACAGGGAACAAACAGGACAUACGGUAUUUCUGCAAAUUCUAAUGCGUAACUACUCUUUAUUUGCUGAAUUUAAUUGAUUGCAAAAAAUAAAAACAUAAAACGCGUCAUGCACAAAAGUUUGGGUACCCUCACAGUCGGUACUCGGUAACACCCCCUUUAGCAGAAAUCACGGCCUUACAUGUUUUCUGUUCUGCCUUCGGAGUUUGUUUCCCUCUCUUCCUUGCAGAAAACUUCUAAUUCAGAAAUAUUCGCAGGUUGUAGUGCAUGCAGUGCAUGUCUGAGAUCCAUGCACAGAUUUCCAGUAAACUGCCUUUUCAAAACCUUAAUCUUUAGUUUCUAGAAGUAUUAAAACUCGUAGGCUUCCACGGUUGGUGUCAACUGACUGGGAGUUUUGUACUUCUGGAUUAAACCGCGUCGUG